AUGGAGAGCGGCGCGGCGGCCUCCUCCUACCCGCUGCACAGCUGGCACCCGCACGUGUACGCCCAGCCGCCCAAGAGUCCCACGCCGCACUCGAUCGCGCACAUCCUGGGAAUACGCGACGACACCCGGAACAACGACCAGCCACUCAACUUGUCGUGUCCGGGACGCACGACUCAGCCGUCGUCGCCCGGCCUGGCCGCCUCGCCGAGGGCCUCGUCGACGCACGACGCCAAGACGGCCCCGUCGCCGCUGCCCGCGCUCGGGACCCCCAGUCUGCCGCACGCCGACGCCCAGCUGGCGCUGCCCAAAGGCGUGCAGCGGCCUGCGCCCGUGCCAAAGGGCGCCAAGAGGAAGAAGGAACCGGGAGGCCGGGAGUCCGAGCAGCCGUCGGCGGCGGCGUCACCGACGCCCGCCGUGACCAACCCGGGCGGCAGCCCCGGCAUCCCGUCCGGCGCCAGCCCCGGAGCCCAGCAGCCGAACCCGGCGAGCCGGGCCCGGCUCUCGGAGAGCCCCGUCAACGGCGGAGAAAGUGGCGACAAAGCUGCCCGCAAGAAGAAGGCGCGCACCACGUUCACGGGACGACAGAUCUUCGAACUCGAGAGGCAAUUCGAGAUAAAGAAGUACCUGUCGUCCAGCGAGCGCGCGGAGAUGGCUAAACUACUAAACGUCACCGAGACGCAGGUGAAGAUCUGGUUCCAAAACCGGCGCACGAAGUGGAAGAAGCAGGAUGGCAUUUCCAACGCCGAGGCGGCCGAGCUGAAGAUCGGCGAGAAGGCGGCCAAAGCUAAGGGCACCGCAGCCGCGGCCAAGGUCUCCUCCAGUGAGCAGCCACUGGGCCUGACCAAGGCAGCCGGCGGUGCCAGUAGCCCGCUGCUUCCAGCUGCCGGCAGCAACAGCUCGUCUGCGCUUAGCGUCAACCAUCACAGCUUCUCUGGAACCAACUCCGCCAAGCCGUCUCCGUGCGGCGUGAGUGAUCUCAGCAACCUUUCUUCUUCGGGCGACCGAACCGACGACAGCUCGCAGCACUACCCGCACUCGUCCGACUUGGACAAGAUGGAGAACGGCACCGCGGCCCUCAGCUCGGACGGCGCGGACGCCGCGUGCAGGGACUCCUCGCCCAGUCUGGGCUCCGAGCAGCGGCCGUUCCGGGAAGCCGAGCUGACGUCCCGAACCGGAGCGGCGGCCGCCGCCAAGCAGCAUGGCGACAGCUUCGGGAUCGUCCCCAGCCCCAGGUCGUCGGCAGUGUUGGUUUGUGACGAGACGGACAAGUUCCAGGACAGCGGGCAGGUGGAACAGUGACCCGCGAGCCGAGACUAGGGCUUGCGCGGGGUGCUCGCUCUGGCAGCAGCUACACGAUUGCCUUCUCCGCCCGUGGUGCACGCGCUCGCUUGGGUCUCCGCCUGGUUUGCGACCUCCGACAAACGGCGGGGCGGCGCUUCACGUGGCGCUGAGCUGCUGGCCACGUCUUCCCCGAAAAUGCCGCGUUGCCGACCCUUGGACCGUUUGAAAGGGUGCCGUGAGGUCGGGGAAAGCGCCUUCUGAGGCCCUGUAAGGAUGGAAGACCCCUGUACGGGCCGGAACCGUUGCAAUCUCAGACGGGAGUCGAGAUGAUGACGCUUUCAACAGUGAUCGCGAACUGCCCUGGCGCAUUUUUCUUUCCUCUUUGAAGGCUGUACAAGGACCAUGUGCAAGAGUGUGCCAUUAACCAUCAUGUUUCACCAGCUCAGCUAUUUAUUUUUCGACAGGUCACCGCGAGAGCAAAUUAUCCAGUUGAUAAUUUUGUUCGAAAGCACCGCUCAGACCACCGAUUAACGCAACGAGUAAAUUGACAAUGUCGCAAUAUAUAUAUGAUCGCAGUGAGUUGAGAAAUAGUUGUUGGCAACGAACUAUUGGCAAACAGUUGUCAAAUAGAAACUGCUUGCGAUUUAGCGCAGUUGGAAAAUGGAAAGUGCGUGAAGGUUAGCCUACCAUGCUAAACAGUGAAAGCUUCUAAGGCACUCACACUAAUCUAACCUGCCUUCCUUGACCGGCGUAUUAUGUGCUUUUUCGCAAUGCUCGAUAUUUCAACGUCAAACACUCCAUAGAAAAUUCAAUUGGGCAAGAAGCAUUCACCAUGGAGAAACAAAAUGCGACAUGGUUUCUCGCACCACCUUCCUAAUUCUUCAAUGUGAAUACGGUUUUUUGUGAAAAAACCCCAUUCAUCUUAUAACGCUCUCUUGACACAAGAUGUUGCCUUGUUUCGCUCAUACUUUAAUCAGUACUUCCUGAUGUCAAUGGAACGACGUGACAAUAUUCAAUCAAGCUGUGUAGCCAUGUAUGCGCCCACUCACCUGACACCCGAUAAUUUCAGCGCACUGGUUCUGACAGUAAUCAUUAAGGCAAAACCUCACAACAUGGGUUAAUCAACAUCUCACGUGAACGUGCCUAAGACACACACACACAGCUCUUUUAUGAGUAUAUUGUCUUCUCUCCGCAUUGCCACUAGCUUACUUCCCUGAGCGCAGCGCUAAUGCUAAUUGGAACAGUGCUUAAAAUUUGAUCAGGAGUAACGUGGCUCUUAGGGCUUCUUGCAUUCACUCCUCUUAUUGUUAAGGAUGUGCAACGCUGAUGGAAAAGCGAGGGAGGCAAGCUCAUGAAUCAUAUGCUGCAUUUUCAGCAUUGUGUACACUUUAGGGCAUGUAUGCAAUGAUUCUGACAAAAAACAACACAAAAAUAAAGAAUACACGAUAUUUAACUCCAUUACCGUCAGUUAAUACGCAAUAACCAGCUUGUGUGCACUGAGGGGAUUUAUGUACUUAUUAUUACUUCAAAAAAAACGACAGUCCUUGUCCAAGAUCUCUGUCUCCGUCGGGUGUUCAUUACUGCGACUAAAUGCUCGUGCAUUUGUACACCGUUGCCCGCAUGUGGCAUGUUAACGUUCAUGCCAUGCCCUCCAUUGAUAUAUAUUUUGUCACACAGCACAUUCUUUUGAAUAGUGCCACAAAGGACGAAGAAAUGAGGCACAGGACAGAGCGCUGACUUACAACCAAAUGAUUAAAUAAUUUGGUUGUAAGUCAGCACUCUGUCCUGUGAUUUUUUUCUUCGCACUGCUUCACAUUGUUCAAAAAUCAGCUCUGUGACCAGAUGUACUAACCAAACCAAAUGAACACGCUGCUGAUAUAUAUUUGUUUAUUCAAAAAUGCUAGUAUAACUUUCUUCAUCGUGUAUUAAAUGUGUAUUAAGCGUCAGGGUCCUAUAGUUCGUAGUGCCCAAUUAUUCUUAAGGUUCAAAAUUAGUGUAAGGCAGCGGACUCGAUUUCUUACAGCUUUUUUAGACCGUUCGUAAUGGUCUGAGAAAAUCGAGGUAGUACCUUUGGCUCACGCGUAUGUAUACUUACGGACUUUACUAAGAUAUGAGCGAAACAAUGCAAACUUCUUGUUUCCCUAACUCCCCAGUAAUGGCGGCAUCGUUAAAUUCCUGCAGCUUAAAAUAACGACCGGACAGUGACAGGCCCAGCUUGGUAGAAUAUGUUGAGAAUCAGAAUCAGAACUUCAACAAUACGUUAGGGGUUCUUCAGGCGAAACGCUGCUGCAAACAGCUCGGAGGUGCUUGAAGGCCCUGCAUGAGAGCACGACAGCCAGUGCAAUUGAAGGGAAACAGUUCUACGUCACGCAAGUGUACAUCGGUACAUCUUGUGAGCAAAUGGUUACGCUGAAAUCGAGCACGACGGGGAACAGGUCAUGCACGACAUGCUAAAGCAUCCAGUAUUGUGCGCAGGACUUCUACGGCUACUAGGCUUACUCAAGUCGUCUUGCACUUGUCACAUUGUUCACCGAGAGCUUUAUAAGACGGAUGAUGUCUAAUGAACACGAAGCUCUGAGGUGGUGGCAAGCGUAUGUUCCUCCAGACAGAAUUUUAUUGAUUUUCCCUUGGUGCCAGAAGUAGGGCAAGCGCCGAAAUCGUCAGCAGUUAAAAGCGUUGUUCUUUUAUGACAGGACUUCCGUUAGUCAUGCGCACACAGAAACGCUUUAUCAGCACAGCUGAAAGCACGCUUUCGUCAACCUUGUACAGCGUAUGCGUGGAGGUCACUUAUGUUUCACCGUAUUGAGCGGUGGUGUCAUCAAUCAUUGCAUGUUUGUGUAAAGUGUGUUGCUUUUCUGCAUUCAGAAGUGUAAACUAAGAGAGCUACAGACGGUGCGUUUCCUCCCUUGUUCUAAAUGGUUAUGGAUGUACUCGGAAAUCCAUUCUUCCUAUAUCAAGCCAACGGGAAUACGUAAAACAAAUUAACGCGCUCAGUUUCCAUCGCGUCGCUAUUCAUUAUGCGCGGUUAACAGUUCCUUUAGUGCUCCGUCUAAUUUGUCGAUACACAGAGCCUCUAGUGCUAAUCUUGCUUUACUGCUCACAAAUUGCAAAUAUCCGCGGUGCAGCAAAGUAGUUGCUUUGCGGUGCGGCCGUCUGAGGCCUUCUAUGCCAUGCCACUCGGUAAGAGAAACCUGAUAGGCGAAGUGCUUAAACCUUCGGUUAGUUUUUUGGCACGUAUGGUAUCUGCAAUCAAAAUAAUUUGCAAACCAAGCGAGUAAGAUGGGGAAAAAAGCGGUAGAAGUCACAAGAGAAUGUUUUCUUCGUUUCGAGACCUUUCGGCAGAGCUGCGCACUUUACAUACAAAGGAGGCAUUGUUGAAACUUGUAUGGUAAUUACACUUCCUCAUGUCUCCUUGCCUUUGAUUGCGAGGCAAGGCGCCUGGAGUUUCACAGGGUAUUUACACACGACUCAUACCAGCCGCAGUACAGGUGUUUACGAAUAAUGGAAUUUGUGCAUUAAAAACAACUACACGCUUCAAGCUCCUGGACAAAACAGGCUUGUGGCGAGUUGCACUGAACGAAGGCAGGAGAAAGGCUCUAGCCUCCCGACCGUCUUGAUAUCCACUGUCAGAUAACGUUACUUUUGUUCUAGUUUUCCGUUUCUUUAGGAACUGCUUCUCGCACUUCUUUAAAGCGCUUUUAUGCAGGAAAAUUUGCCAUUUCUAUUGACAACGAGCAAUUACUUUGAGGAGUGUAGCCGGUUCAUGUUCUUCCUUUGACAUCAAUUUUCUGUCAGCUCGUAGUGGUGAAACAUUUCGCACUACACUUGUUGAGUUAAUUGCACGACGUGCCAGAAUAUAGCUUUACACUGAAUGUAGAAGGGAAAAUACAAAUUUGAAGUUGUAUCUGGAAAUACUCAUAGUAUUGGCUGAAUCCUGAUAUAGCGGCCUUUGAGUUACGAAGUCUAUUGAAGCUGACUUUUAUGCGUCGUGUGUCGGUGUUUGAGUCAGCGUUGUCCGUAUAAUACCACUAGUUCUUAUGUCUCGUCAUAAUGUCGUUCAUAACGGGUGACUAUAGUGUUAGCCAUUUUGCAUGAUGCACUAUAUUUGUGCUGCCAGGCUGAUGCAGUUCGAAAUACUUUCAACUAAAGAGAGGAGUGGAUGUUGUUGAGGCGACAUUACUGGGUCAGGCCAUGACAUUAGCCAUUGAUCGCAUUUUUUUUCUUUCUAACGAAGGUCGUCCUUGCCAUAUACUGCAUUCUUGAAUGUGUGUCGAGAAUGUUCAUCGCCUAUUUAUUUGCAGAUAUAACAGAUAUAUAAAUAUGUAAAUAAGUAACAUACGAUGCGCGGGAAGAAGCAUCGCGAUGAGUGUUGUUAGUCGAGCUUAUUUUUUUACUACUGAUGUGUAGCGAGAGGAAUUAUGGUCCGCAGCGGGUAGCAACGCACUUGGCUCGUCGGGUGCGGUACGUAUAUGAUUCGGUUCGCGAACACACUAAAUAGCCCCACGAAUAUUUGAACCCUGCUGUACGACAAGGGGAGGGAAAGGGAGCAGAAAGGUGGUGACUCUUGGCUACUUCUCAAAAUGGAGGAUUCUGUAUUUAAAAAAAAAGGGGGGAAAAGAAAAAAAAGAAGGCUCACGACGAAUUGUUUACGUGCAUUCCCAACAAGGGCAAAUGGCGACAAGUUUCCGCGCAAUGAGCUUGGCCUACCUCAUCGCAAUCGUGGCCAUUGCACUCAUCGGCACGCCAUUGUUAAUGCGAUUGUUUCUAAAAAAAUUGAAGACGCCUUUUUUUUUUUUGCGAGCACACUAAAAAUUGCGGGAUGGAACGUACCACCGCCAGCCCGGAGCAAACCCAACCAAGCAGCCUGUAUUACUUGCCAGUAUCCUCAACGCUUUGAAAAUGCUGGUGUUAAAAUUGUAAGUCACUGCCAGUUAUUGAAACAGUCAUGGAGGCAGUGAUAGCGAUAGCGAAAAUGCCCAUCCACCUGAAGUAGCACGAAGCUACUAAUCAAUGCCAUACGGAUUCCUUAGAAAGAAAGCUUCGCAGAUGGUACUGCAAGAGUCAGUGAAUCUACAAAUUGAAAUGCGGCGACAUUUAUAAGGAACUAAUUUCUGCAGGAUUUCUGCAGUAUUCAGUGGUUAAUUAACGAGUCAAUAGUCAUUUGCACCCGUCAGUAACAUUUCUUGUAGACUGAUAUAUCUCACAUAAAAUUUAAAAAAAGACCAGAUAGAAGAAUACAGCAUAUGUAUUUAAUCCAGCUAUUAUGUGUUUUAAUUACAAGGGCAAACAAAAUUUACUCGUACGGUGCUACAACAAUAACAGUUUGUAGCAUUCGGAUUUCUUGCCUGAAGAUCGCAUAUCGAAGCAAAUACGGUUAUCGUGGCAAAUACUGAAUGAAGGUAGUCGCUUACUGAUCGGUGCUUACCAGCAUCGAACCUCCGUAGGACAGAGAACCUGUCCAGGUUUUUGCUUUGUUGCCGUUAUCUGUUCGGUGCAUGUCUGGUGCACCUGCAUAGUGGCGUGUUUGCAUCGUCAUGCAUGUAUCGCGAAAUAUUUCAACGCGCAUAGCAAGCGCUUCAGCGCCUUCCCGGUGAAAACCUUUUCUGCUGCGUCAUGCCGUCGGACAUCAAAUCACAUACCCGGAAAACACAAUAUGGACUAGACAGAAGGUACAUAUUGCACAUAGCCAAUCUUAGGAAAAUUGACUCCUAUGAGGUAGUCAAUAGAUGCUUUGUAGAAAUCAAUGGAUUCACAUUUCAUUAUUUGUGUGUUUGGUUAUUGGUUUUAUCCUGUCAUGUCAGGUCAUUCAUGUGUUACAACGUAUCACUUUUAAUUGCCAUCAAGAGAAAGUUAAGAAUUGUGUUAGGAGAAACUCGGUGAUUUGAUUUUCAUGCUUCUGGUAGAUACUCAAGCGUGCUUUUCUGUUUGAUCUCGGUGAUAGACUUUGUGAUUUGGUUGUGCCAAAUCCGGUUGUACACUUUUUGAAUUGUGCAAUAUAUAAUAUUGUUUUCUUUUAUUCCCAAUAGCGUUUUGCUCAUGCCUUAUACAACAUGCCCAUGCCUUCUGUGCUCGAAGAGAGAGCGCAUAAUUCGCAGGCAUGGACAUUCUAGGCGAAGCCUGUUUUAUUGUCCCCCCUUCAACUGCCUGUUGAAGUUAAUGUGGUCGUGAUGCGAAACAUUGCACAGAGCUCGUUGAACUACAUUUAUGUUUUGCAGUGAUGCUGCGCGGUCUUCCUACCUUGAAGCUGUAUGUCAGAAGUAUCAGAAAGCCUCUUGCCUACAGAAAGGACAGCCACACAAUGCGAGUAUGGUGUGCGAGCAGUUUGAGCCCCUCUGAACGCCCAGAGCACGUGUGCUGUCAAGGACGAGAAAGCAGCGUGCCCUGUCAAACCCUUCCCACUCUGUCGAAACGCGGAUUAAAGUGCGUGACAGCUCUCAUAUUACCAGCAAGCAACCAACACACGGAAGAAGGUAUUGCGGCCGUCCCGACUUACAAUCAAGACCGAAGGGCAGGCGAUUUAAAAAACGCCCGAAAAGGCAGCACAUGCAGUCCAGUUUGAUGAACUCAGCCAGCUCUGCCAUAAUUCAAUGUGACAGUUGAUACCCAAUUACGAGUUCUCGGUUUAUUCAUCUGCGUCUCAAAGGGCAAACGUUUCUUCUCAUCUUGUCACUACUACUAGUAAGUUUCGUUACUUUUCGCUUUACCUGUUCGCUAUAUCAUAAUGUUGAUGGUAGAGUUACAUUGCUGUCAGAACUGAAUGGAAUCAGCUCUUGCCACCCCUACUAUUUUUUUUGUUUAACUUUGACCUGCUGCGUAACGGCACUGACUGUAAAUGCAGCUGCACAUGGAAAACUGAUACGUUGGUGAAGACACUAAGGCAAUAUGGUAGCGAAGCCACAGAUGUGCACGGGAAAGACGGAUGAAUUCAAUACACUGUCAGCACACACAUAUAUACAGGAAGAAAAAGAAAACAAUACAUUUUAGGUAAAUGGUGACCAAGUCAAGAAACUAACCGAUAUGAAUUGCAGUGCUUGGCUUUGAAUGAAAGUGCACGCUUCUCUAUUUAAAAAGCUGUUCUUCUCUUCCUUUUUUUUUUCUCAUGUGAAAAAAUAUGCCCUUGCGUGUGCUUUCUCAGCAAGCACCAUAUUUGUUUGCUAUUACUCACGGGCAAGUGUUACCCGUAUUUGCUCCACUGAGUGGCGCUAACAUUCUCCUUUGUACUCUGAAUCUCGCGGGUAUUGUCCGUCGCGUCGGGUGCUAAACUGACUGCGUGCAAAUGAGCGCAAUUGCGCCCUUGUGGGAAUGGGCGAAACUGUUUUGAACCCGAAGAAUAUUCGCAGCAAAGCUACUACGGAGUUCUAGUCAUUGUGAGACACGCCUUCGGCGUUCUUUUACGCCAAAGAAGAAGCCAUUGUGUCCUGAGCGCUACCUCUGCUUAACGGAACGGCAUCGAGUUUAGCAAGUCCAGCAAAGCAUUCGCUGUAGUGUUCUACUUGUGCAAUGAUCCUGUGUCUUUGCAUGCAGUCCAUAUUUCAUAGUCUACGUCCUGCAGAUUGCUACUCUGGAGUAGUUUUGGCUACGCUGGAAGUCCAUUUAGACUUGUGAACACCGCGUCAACGUUGUUCCACACAGCACUUUAGUGUUGUUUCUUUUUUUUCUUGUAUAAUUGUGCCAUUUUCAUGGUGAGAAUUACGAAGCAGAGCGACGCGAGUGGCUUCUGCUGUCUCCGUGCGCAAAAUGUGCGGAGAUUUGUAAGUAGAGUGUGAAUGCCUAGAUAUAAAACUGCUGUUGAAAUGAACAAA